UGGUGGUUCCUCCCGCGGUGCCCGACACGGUUACCUCUCCGAAUUGCCGGAACAACGCAUUUGGUAGGAAACGGAAGUUGAGAAAAAUCGACUAACUUACUCACUUCACACGGCCCCAAAUAUUUGAGUCUCGUAUUUCCCACAUUUCGUGGAGCUUCCAGACUCGUAAACGGUUGCAAAACAAGGACAGAGGCUUCUUCUCCUGCCAGAAGCCAGACAGCUGGUUCCAGCCUUUCCAGUUCAGCGCCAUGGCCAAGAGGCCUAGUGACCAUCUGCUGUCCAUCCUGGAGGAGCUGGUGCCUUACGACUUUGAGAAGUUCAAGUUCAAGCUGCAGAACACCAGUGUGGAGAAAGAGCACUCCCGGAUUCCCCGGGGCCAGAUCCAGACAGCCAGGCGGGUGAAGAUGGCCUCUCUGCUAGUCACCUACUAUGGGGAGGAGUACGCUGUCCGGCUGACCCUGCAGGUCCUGCGGGCUAUGAACCAGCACCUGCUGGCCGAAGAGCUCCACAGGGUGGCUGUUCAGGAAUAUUCCACACAAGAAAGCGGCACAGACGGUUCUGCAGCGUUCAGCUCUCUGGGCACUGAAGACUCUAGGGGCCUGAAGCCUGAGCCCGGGAGCCUGAAGACGCUGGACGACCUCCCAGAGGGGAAGGAGAGGAGCUGCUCUAGGCAGUGCGGGGACGGGGCCGCCAACCCGCUGUGCCCCCAGCCCGAGGCAGGGAGAGGGCUGCUGAGGAAGGCCCUGAGCAAACACAGAGAGAGCGCCUCCGAGGGCCUGGACACUCUGGGCAAGCCUCGGACCCGGACCCGGAGCCCUGCCCUGACCAGCGGGAGAAGCCCCAGCAGGGCGCGCGAGGGGGUCCAAGCCGAGGUCCGGCAGCUGCGCAGGAACGCCAGCUCCGCGGGGAGGCUCCAGAAGGAGUGCAGGGCCUUCGAAGUGUGCCAGCCCUCGGGAAAGAAGCGGCCUAAAAGCCUUGAGUUCACCGUUUCUACAGGGGAGAAGGCGCCCGCAAAUCCAGAAAUUCUCCUGACUCUGGAGGAAACGAGAGCAGUGAAUCUAGACUUAGCAGCUGCCUCCCAGGCAGGGUCCACUCCGGAUGGAGGGGCGUCUGCAGACCUGGGGGAAGGCUCUGGGAAUCCAGAACGUUCGGUGACCGGAAGGCCACCAGACAAGGCUUCGAGUCCCCACUGCCACGCCCUGGAAGGAGGCCCAGUUGGUGGUACCUGCCUGCAUGAUUCCUGCAGCUGCCCCAAGGCAGCUUCUGGACACCCCGAGGCCUCAGGCAGCUGCUCACCUGGCUGUCCCCGGUGCCAGGCCUCCCAUGAAAGGAAGAACACAGGAAGCCUAAGCCCCCAGCCCCUGCCACAGUGUAAGCGCCACUUGAAGCAGGUCCAGCUGCUCUUCUGCAAGGAUCAUGGUGAGCCCAUCUGCCUCAUCUGCAGCAUGAGUCAGGAGCACCGAGGCCACCGAAUGUGCCCCAUUGAGGAGGCCGCCCUGGAACAAAAGGAGCAAAUUCAGGAGCAGCUGAAGUAUCUGAAGAAGUUGAGAAAGUCUGGGGAGGAGGAGCGAUCCUACGGGAAUGAGAAGGCAGUGAGCUUUCUGAAAGAAACUGAAAUGCUGAAGCAGCGGGUACAGAGGAAGCUGGAGCAACUGUACCACUUUCUGGAGCAGCAAGAGCAUCUCUUUUUGGCCUCACUGGAGGACCUGGGCCAGAUGGUUGGGCAGUUCAGGAAGUCAUACGACACCUGUGUGUCCCGAGACAUCACCCUGCUUGACACGCUAAUUGGGGAGCUGGAGGCCAAGCAGUGCCAGUCAGAAUGGGAGCUUCUGCAGGACAUCAGAGACAUCUUGCACAGGGCCAAGAAGGUGCCUGUCCCUCAACGGUGGACCACUCCUCAAGAGAUAAAAGAAAAGAUCCACCUGCUCCACCAGAAGUCAGAGUUUGUGGAGAAGAGUGCAAAGUACUUCUCAGAAACCCUGCGUUUGGAAAUGGAAAUGUUCAAUGUUCCAGAGCUGAUUGGCGCUCAGGCACAUGCUGUUAAUAUGAUUCUGGAUGCAGAAACUGCUUACCCCAACCUCAUCUUCUCUGAUGAUCUGAAGAGUGUAAGACUUGGAAACAAGUGGGAGAGGCUACCUGAUGGCCCGGAAAGAUUUGACAGCUGCAUCCUUGCUCUGGGCUCUCCGAGCUUCACCUCCGGCCGCCAUUACUGGGAGGUGGAGGUCGGAGACAAGACAGGGUGGGUCCUGGGAGCCUGCAAGGCAUCCAUUGGCAAGAAAGGGAACAUAACUCUGUCGCCAGAUAAAGGCUACUGGGUGGUGAUAAUGAUGAAAGAAAAUGAGUACCAGGCAUCCAGUGUUCCCCCGACCCGCCUGGUAAUAAAGGAGCCUCCCAAGCGUGUGGGCAUCUUUGUGGACUGCAGAGUUGGAAACAUUUCCUUUUACAAUGUGACAGCCAGAUCCCACAUCUAUACAUUCUCCAGUUGCUCUUUCCCUGGGCCCGUUCAACCUGUCUUCAGCCCUGGGACACACGAUGGAGGAAAGAACACAGGCCCUCUGACUAUCUGUCCAGUGGGUGGUCAGGGGCCUGAGUGAAUGCCCAACACUGCAUCUCUCUUCCAGCUGCCAGUCUUUUGUCUUGCAUUCACACACUCAGCAGUCAUGGAGUAUCUACUGGGUGCCAGCUACUAUAGUAAAUGCAAUGAAUAACAAAAUAGUUACUCUGCCCAAGGAGCUUACCCGACCAUAGCAGAGGUAAGUUAGGUAUGAAGACAUUGGUAAAUCCAGGUGAAGACGUACUGAUGACACACCACGGAUUUGAGAGAAGGAAGGAUGGGGUUGUUGCACAAUCAGUCCUUGGUGAACGGCACUCUCCUGAACAGAAGAUUUGGCCCUCAUUUUACCUCAGAACCCCAUGGCAAGGGUAUGUCCCCUUGUUGUCGCUGCCUGUCUUGAGGACAGGGGGUGCCUAGAGAAACACAAGAGACUGGAUUGGGAUAGAAUAUUUGUGUACCUGGAUUAAUGAACUAUAAUUCUUUUUUGUUUGUUUUUGAGACAGAGUCUCACACUGUUGCCUGUGCUGGAGUGCAGUGGCGCGAUCUCAGCUCACUGGAACCUCUGCCUCCUAGUUCAAGUGAUUUUUCUGCCUCGGCCUCCCAAGUAGCUGAGAUUACAGGCUUCUGCCACCAUGCCUGGCUAAUUUUUUGCAUUUUUAGUAAAGAUGUGGUUUCACUUUGUUGGACAGGCUGGUCUCGAAUGCCUGACCUCAGGUCAUCCACCUACCUCGGCCUCCCAAAUUGCUGGGAUUACAGGCAUGAGUCACAGCACCCAGCUUUAUUUUGUGUGUGUGUGGUUUUUUGUUUUUUUUUUUUUUGAGAUGGAAUCUUGGUCUGUCAUCCAGUGCAGUGGCACGAUCUCAGCUCACUGCAACCUCCACCUCCCAGGUUCAAGUGAUUAUCCUGCCUUAGCCUCCUGAAUAGUUGGGAUUAUAGAUGCCCACCACCAUGCCUGGCUAAUUUUUUGUAUUUUUAGUUGAGACAGGGUUUCAUCAUGUUGGCCAGGAUGAUCUCAAACUCCUGACCUCAGGUGAUCUGCCCGUCUUGGCCUCCCAAAGUGCAGGGAUUACAGCCGUGAGCCACCGUGCCCAGGCAUGAUUCUUAAGAGUAUUGACUGGGCCUGAUGAAUAAACAAUUUAGAAAAU